AUGGCCGACAGACCGGCCACCAAUCUCCUAGAUCUCAGCAAUGAAAUUCUCUGCGACAUCAUUUUCUUUUGCCACUCCGAAGCAGAUCUCGCAGCUUUAGCGAGGACAAACAAUCUACUCCAUCAGCUCGCCAACGGGGCGCUUUAUAAACGCAACAAUGAAGAACGCAACAGCUCAUGCUUGUCGUGGGCUGCGGCGACCAACAGCCUGCGUACUAUUCGCUUUGCCUUCCAAGCAGGCGCUGAUCCCAUAACGGCAGGCUCACCGGCUUUAUGUCACGCUAUCCGUGAGGACAACAUCGAAGUUGCUCGCACCUUGCUUGAUCUAGGAGCAGACCCAGACUAUACGUACCAAGACAGCAAUGACAAAGGGCUACCACCACUCUGUGAGGCAAUCCAGCAUUCACGACUACAACAUCUGAAGCUCUUGCGUGAAUACGGUGCAAAUGUCAACAAAAAUUUCCUCGGAUUACCUUUGUUGCUUGGCGCAGUGUUCUAUUGGGAUCAGAAUAUAUUCGAGUAUCUGCUUUCUAUUGGUGAUGUCGAUGUUAAUGCAAGAGAUGAGGAUAAAGGCAAUACCGCGCUACAUGUGGCAAUCAAAAUGAAAAAUGAGGAUGCGUUGAAGUUCUUGCUCGCGCAUACCAAGAUUGCCAUUGAUACCAGAUCAGACUUCUCGUUCACUGCGUUGCACAACGCCUCGCUAUGGGUACCAAAGGACGCGUCGGCAACUUGCCUAAAAGAUGGCAGAAUCGGAGAGGAGACGGCAUUAAGCCUUACCAAGAUACUAUUAGACGCCGGCGCGAAUAUCGAUAUGCCCACUGAUGCUGGCCAUUCAGUAUUACAUCUUGCCAUUACCUAUGGCCGCUGCAGGCUGACAGAACAACUGCUCGCUCGGGGUGCGUCAAUGGGGUGGACUGGCGACGAGCAAAAGUCGUGCAUGGUAAUAGCGGCCGAGAGCAAUGCGCCCAUUCCUCUCAUCAGAUUGCUUCUCGCACACGGCGCAGACAUAGAUGAGGUGGAUGGCAAUGGCGAUUAUGCUCUUCAAACGGCCAUCGAGCGGUCUAAACUCAACCUAAUACAAUUUCUCCUCGACCAAGGAGCCAAUCCAGACAAGACAACGAGCAGAACAUACGGGCCGCCACUAUUGCAGGCGAGAUCCAUGCCAAAAGUGAUGGUAUUAUUAUUGAACUACGGGGCCGACCCUAACCUCCCCGAUGAUGGUGAUGAUGGUAUGCUCGCGAGCGAAGAUUGGCUGCUUAAUACACUAGCAAUGCAAGGCAAGCACCACCUGGUUGCCCUAAUGCUAGAUAAAGGUGCUGAUCCAACACGGAUCGCUUACAUUGGUGGGGGUUGCCGUGCCUCUUUUGCACAAUGCGUGAUCCGUGGCGGGUCGCUGGAAGUAGUAAAGUGUGCACUAGACAGGAAACUGAUUGAUUUCCAGUCCUCGGAUUAUCAACAACACGCGCUGAUCUUCGAUUCUUUCUUCUCAGACAAUCGACGUAUGUUUGAUACGCUUCUAUCCGCUGGUGCAGAUGUGACCAUUACGGACGAGGACGACCACGCCGCGCCGUUUGUUGCAGUGAAAAGAUCCAGCGUCCGUAUUCUACGCCGCCUGCUGGAGAGUGGCCUAUUUUCUGUCCAUGUUACGGAUAUGCACCGCAGAACACUCCUUAUUAUGGCAGCGUCGCGUGGCGAAACCAUCAUGAUGCAUAUGCUGCUGGCUGCUGGCGCUGACAUCAAUGCCACUGACCGCUAUGGCACAUGUGCUCUUGCGGCAGCCAUGCGCAACGGACAUAUGGAUGCUGCCGAGCUGCUGCUAAAGGAUCCUAGAAUCAAUACAGAGCUUCUAGAUCGACGAGGGCGAUCGGUGUUCUGGCGCUGGUUAAAGAGGAGCACCAAAGUGGAGGAUGGCAACAUUGCUUUAACCGCAGCUAUUGAAUCAGGAGAAGAGCCUCAUCUGUCAGUAUUUAAUGGCAGGAAUUGGGACCAAUAUUGUGAUGUCUGCUUGAUAUUGUUUGCCGAGGGCUUUGAAGGCUAUUCAUGCAAUAUCUGUUACAAAGGGCGGUUUGCAAUGUGUCCCUCUUGCUUUGACGACGGGUGGACUUGUUUGGAGAGCCAUGGACUGACAUUAACUGAAGAGGCAAGAAAUAGUUUCGAUGGCAGCGGAUCGGCGCAGAUGUUGAGCUAAAACUAGCUAGCGCCUCAACACAUGCUCAAGGACCCUUAAAAUGGAGGUCGCAGAACAUCGGCCAUCCUCUGCUGUCUUCAUUCUAUAAUAUUUCAAGAAAUACCUCUGUAAAUAAUUCACAACCUCAUAAUAAU